UUUAAUAAGCUGAAAAACAUUAUUGUUUUUUCAGAUUUUUUUCCYGUCCUUCUCUGAAAAUGUCUAAGCAACAGCCUGCUCAAUUUACUAAUCCAGAAACUCCYGGCUAUGUUGGAUUUGCAAACCUUCCCAAUCAGGUUCACCGAAAGUCUGUGAAAAAGGGGUUUGAAUUUACUCUUAUGGUGGUUGGUGAAUCCGGAUUGGGAAAAUCUACAUUAAUAAACAGCCUCUUCUUGACAGAUCUUUACCCAGAAAGGAUAAUYCCAGGAGCUGCUGAUAAGAUUGAACGCACAGUGCAGAUUGAGGCCUCAACAGUUGAAAUUGAAGAGAGGGGCGUGAAACUGCGGCUGACGGUUGUAGAUACACCAGGGUAUGGGGAUGCCAUCAAUUGUCGAGACUGUUUUAAGACCAUAAUCUCUUACAUUGAUGAGCAGUUUGARCGAUACCUGCAUGAUGAGAGUGGUUUGAACAGAAGGCAUAUCAUAGAUAAUCGAGUUCAUUGCUGCUUCUAUUUCAUUUCACCAUUUGGUCAUGGCCUUAAGCCUCUGGAUGUUGAGUUUAUGAAGGCCAUACACAAUAAAGUAAAUAUUGUACCAGUGAUUGCAAAAGCUGAUACACUUUCUCUGAAAGAGCGAGAGAGACUAAAGAAGAGGAUUCUGGAUGAAAUAGAAGAGCAUGGCAUCAAGAUUUAUCACCUGCCUGAYGCUGAAUCAGAUGAGGAUGAAGAUUUUAAAGAGCAGACCAGACUCCUGAAGGCCAGCAUUCCAUUUUGUGUAGUGGGGUCCAACCAACUCAUUGAAGCAAAAGGUAAAAAAGUUAGAGGUCGGCUCUACCCAUGGGGUGUAGUUGAAGUGGAGAAUCCAGAGCACAAUGACUUCCUGAAGCUGAGGACCAUGUUAAUCACCCAUAUGCAAGACCUUCAGGAGGUGACCCAGGAUCUUCACUAUGAGAACUUCCGCUCUGAGAGGCUCAAACGAGGCAACAGGAAAAUAGAAGAUGAAGAAGUAAAUAAAGACCAGAUUCUGCUUGAGAAGGAAGCAGAACUCCGUCGCAUGCAGGAGAUGAUUGCAAGAAUGCAGGCACAGAUGCAAAUGCAGAUGCAAACUGGAGAAGGUGACAGCAGCGCAGUUCAUGGGCACCAUGUAUAAAUUCUUGGGUAAGAUGUUCAAAUAGCCGCUUGAAGAGCUUCUCCUUUAGAUGCUCACCAAUUUGCUUGGUAUUAAGAAGUUUUGAAAACAUGUUUACAAAAUGGGCUUCCAUAGGUUUCAGUCUUAAUUUUAAUUUAUAAGGAUUAACUGCUGUUUGCAAAGUUAAAUGGCUUGGAGUCAAAUUAAACAGUGUGAUGUUGUAUGCAUGUAUAUAUGAAAAUAUUCCAGAAAGUCAAUACAAUAUACACUGGUAAGAACUAUGGAACAAGUCUUUGAAAUAGUUUAAACAGGUUCUGAAACUCAUUAUGAAGUUCAUAGUUUCCUUGUGACUUAGAAAAUGUGUGCAGUUCUUUCAGAUUUCCAAAGGUGAGAAGACAGCUGAUCUAAAAUGGUAUUUUCCUGUCUUGUUUUUAGAUUACUUUAUGCCCUGAAGCUCACAGGAGACCUUCUGGAGCUKAAUUGCAGUGGUGGAAGCUGAAAGGAUGCCUCUUGCUCCCAUGUGAUCUGGUGCUUGCUGUAGAAUUGAAUGUGGGAAUGUUUUGUGGUAACAUCUUGUGAGAUGUAUCUCACGUAGUAAGUUCGUAUUUUAUACAUUAUACACAUUUGACUUUCAUUUUCUUUAGACCUUCUUAUAUUGAAGUUAUUUUAGAUUUCCCGUUAUAUUAGGGAUAUACAAAAUAGUCAUUAAAAGUUUUCUAGCUUGAUACAGCAUUAGAUAAAAAUAUUUUUUUAAUAUACCUUAUUAGCUSCCUGCUUUUAACUUUGUAUUUCAUUUAGAAAUAAACAGCUGYCAGUGAUACCUUUUUCAGUGCCAGGUAACAGUCACCUCACUAAGGUUGUACCCCUGCAAGGUUAAUUUUAUAUAUAUUGCAGUGUUUACAUGUGUGUGGGAGACCCAGCAGCCCUUUCUCUAUCUCUGCUCACAGCAGAGGAUUUCCUUGGCCUCUGCAAAUAUCAAAUGAAAAUUCAAGCAUGCCUUGUGUUUCAGCAAAAGAAAGAAGAGGAAAUGCCUCUGCGGGAGACACACCAUAUGUUACAUGACAGACAUUAUUUAUUUUACAUUUAACCUCAAGGGUUAUUAUUUUCUUAAAAUCUCUUACUCUGUUGCAGUAAUUUUAAAGAAUUUSUUGUAGGUCAAUAAAAAUCACUCCUGCUAUUUUUCUGGCAUUAUUUUAGCCAAAUAAACUUUAAUAAUGCUGAUAUUUUUGAAUGRGGUAAACUCCAAAGAGUAGUUUUCUAUGCAUAGGUAUUUCCUAUAUCCAAAGGCAUAAAAAAAAUAUAUAAUCCCUAGUGAGUAUUUUCAUACUAUUUUUAGGGCAUUGCAAAUUGUUACUUGUAGGAAAAAUAUGUAUUAGCACACUUCUGUUUUUAAAAGUGAUCUGUUCCCGACAGGAUCAAUGCAAAUUUAACUUCUUGCUCCAAGAUGGAGUCAGCAGUAUUACUUCAGAAGUGUCYCUGAUUUUUUAUUAGGCCAAGGUCACUUUCUUGAUAGUGAUAGCAAAGGAGACUUUUUUAUCUUGGUUGGACUUGUGCCCCAGAUCACGCCUGGUAUUGUGUUUGCAGCAAGUAAUCACCCUGUAAUCACACAACUGCCCAGGUGGUGACUGCCAGGGCAAGCAGCGACACACCUUGGGCUGUCUGCUGCUUCUGAUAAAGMCAGCAAUCAGAUUUCUUCAUCUGAUCUAU